AAAAACCACAGAGUGAGAGAGAAAGAAAAGAGGCUGUAAAUUCAUUAAAUUGUCAGUGCGUAAGUCUGUCACUCUCAAAUCUCAAUACACCAAAAAGGCACUCCGCUGUCUUCCAAUUUUCAUAACCAAAAUCUUUUAUGCCUUUUUUUUAUUUUUUAUUUUCUUCUUGUCAGUCUUUUCUAUGUAACUGCACUUAAUUCAGAUCCCAAAAAUUCCUCUUUUCUUCAACUGCCUUUUUUUUUUUUUUCCUGCCUUUACUAGACAUUUUCCUUGAUAUUGCUUCCAAUGUUAUAUCUUCUAGAUUGACCCUUUUAUAACUAUUUUCCUCCAUAUCCUCAAAGCUUCUUUUUUAAGUCUUAUUGUUGACAAAGUUCCAUUUUUUUCCUGUGGGUCAAGUUUGUUUUUGAUAAAGUUCUUUUUUUUUCUCAAAAGGGGUUCAGCUUUACUAGUCUUUGGAGUAAGUAAUGGAUACAGAUCAAGAUGGGUAUCCAACAUUUGCAGAGGGCAGGGAAACUAGGUACUCCAGUGCCCGAACUGGAAAUGGAGUUGGCAAAGAUUAUGGGGGUGAUCAUCCUGAGAUGGGUUUUCAAGACCAAGUUAGAGAGUUCUUGAAAGGGGCGGGUGAAUUGAGUGUACAAUUUGCUAAAGGGUGCAGGGACGUAGUGGUGCAAAGUCUAGGGAGAGAGGAUUCCUUUAUUGUGAAGAAUUUUGGGGGAAAUUCUUAUAUUGGGAAGAAAGUUGGGCGUGGGUAUGAAAGGGUUUGUAAGAAAUUAACUGGGUUCAAUGAGUACUUGCCUGAAGAUAAGGAUCCAGUGCAUGCUUGGUCAGUGAUAUGUAUUGUCUCUGUUCUUGCUUUUGCAGUCUUGAAUGUAAGUACUGAACAUGAUACCUCUGCCACGCUGAUAAAGAAGGUGUUCAUACAUCCUCCUAGUGCUGACCGCAUAUUGCUUCCAGAUGGUAGAUACAUGGCAUAUAGGGAGCAAGGUGUUCCAGCUGACAGAGCUAGAUUUUCAGUGAUAGCUCCACAUGCUUUCCUUUCCUCUCGACUUGCAGGAUUGCCUGGACUCAAGGCUUCACUAUUGGAAGAGUUUGGCAUCUACUUGUUAACCUAUGAUCUUCCUGGUUUUGGAGAGAGUGAUCCUCACCCAAAUAGAAACCUUGAGUCAUCAGCAUUUGAUAUGUUGUUCCUAGUAAAUGCUUUGGGUGUUAAGAACAAGUUCUGGGUGGUGGGAUACUCGAGUGGGAGCCUUCAUGCUUGGGCGGCACUCAGAUACAUUCCUGAUAAACUUGCAGGUGCAGCCAUGUUUGCUCCUAUGGUUAAUCCAUAUGAUUCAUUAAUGACCAAGGAUGAGAGACGUGGAAUCUGGGAGAAGUGGACUCGGAGAAGGAAAUUUAUGUACUUCUUAGCUCGGAGGUUUCCUAGAUUUCUUUCCUACUUCUACCAUCGGAGCUUCCUGUCUGGAAAGCAUGAUCAGAUUGACACAUGGCUCUCACUUUCACUGGGAAAGCGAGAUAAAGCAUUGAUUGAGGAUCCAAUCUAUCAAGAACUCUGGCAAAGAGAUGUGGAAGAGUCAAUCCGACAGGGAAUUGCAAAACCCUUCAUAGAGGAAGCUGUUCUGCAAGUUUCAAACUGGGGUUUUAGCCUUGCAGACAUCAAAUUGCAAAAGAAAAAGCAGGGGAAAGGUGUUUUCAAUUGGCUUAAAUUUGUGCUCUUUAGAUCUGAAGAGGAAUAUAUAGGUUUUUUUGGCCCAAUACACAUAUGGCAGGGGAUGGAUGAUAAGGUCGUUCCACCAUUGAUGACUGAUUUUGUUCACCGGGUUCUACCCGGGGCUGCAGUGCAUAAGCUCCCAUAUGAAGGACAUUUCACAUAUUUCUAUUUUUGCGAUGAAUGCCAUAGACAGAUAUUCACCACACUUUUUGGGACCCCACAAGGCUCACUAAACAAUAACAUAGAAGUAUGUCAAAUUCCAAAUGAUGAAGAUCGCGUGAAGUCUCAGGAGGUAAAACAGACAGAACAACAGGUAGAUCAAACUCCACCAGAGGCUGAUGUUAAAGAACAGGAAGAUUGCAUGAAAUCUCAAGAGGUAAAACAAACAGAACAACAGGUAGAUCAAACUCCACUAGAGGCUGAUGUUAAAGAACAGGAAGAAGUAACUGAUACCAAAGACUAUUUGGUAUAAAUGAAUUCCACAAAAUUAUACAGAAUUCAUUUACAAAUCCAAAUUUUGAUAUUUGGUGUAAAUGAAAAUCAUUUUGGAAUUUCACAUUUAGUAUAAUUUUAUGGAAUUAGUUAUACUUGGAUCUAAAAGUCUAUCGAAAUUGAUAGAAUUUACAAAUGAAUUCUAAGCAAAAGCUAUGAGGCAUGUAAGUUCUUUAUAAUUUAGAAAAUUAGCAAUGUACAUAACUUAGGUCUCUGUUUAAUCAUGGGGUGAAAAGAAACAAAAAUAUAUUUCAUUUGUUUUGUUUUGCCCUUGGAAUCAUUUUGGGAAGCUGAUGGUCAAGAAUUAGGAUUUGAAGAGAGAAAAAUAUACAAAAAAGUUCGUUCAGAUUUCACAUUCUAUGUAUGCUCAAGUUGGCUUGAAAACUGCAUAUUACAUAUUAAUUUAUAAAGAUCUACUUUCUAUGAA